AUGGCCACAACAACUCCGUAUUACCCCCAUUCUGCAGAUAAGGAAAAUAGAAACCAGAGAAGCAAAGUGAUUUACCCAAGGUCAUGUAGCGCACGGCUCACUAAGGCCUCAGAUACACUGAUUUUCAUAAAAACCUUAUGGGGAAAGACCAUUUUCCAGGAUGAACCCUCGGAUACAAUAGAAACUGUAAAGGCCAAGAUUCGGGAUAAAGAAGGAAUUCCUCCUGACCAGCAGAGACUGAUCUCUGCUGGCAAGCACCUGGAAGAUGGACGUACUCUGUGGCACAACAUUUAAAAGGAGUCCACUCUUCAUCUUUGGCUGAGACUUCACCGUGGUUCUAAGAAAAGGAAGAAGUCUUACACCACUCCCAAGAAAUUCUUCUUGAGAAUUCCUCACGAGAGAAAGAAGGUUAAGUUAGCUGUCCUGAAAUACUAUAAAGUGGAAUCAGAAGUACCCUUCAGAUGGAUGUGGUGCUGGAGUCUCAUGGCUAGCCACAGUGACAGACACUACUGUGAUAAGUGUUGUCUGACCUAUUGCUUCAACAAACUGGAAAACAAGUAAUUGUGUAUGUGUUGAUAAAAGACAUGAACUAUGGGGUGCCUGGGUGGCACAGUGGGUU